AUGCUCGGCCAACAACUCAAGACGAACCAAACACCUGUCGAUGCUCUCAAAGCCAGCAAGCUCUACGUUUCCGAGGUGGUUGAGUACGAUCAGGAGUGGUAUUUUGCAAUAACGUUCGACCGCGAGAACUACUGCCCCGUCAUCAUCGUAUCCAAGAAUGGCGGGGUCGACGUCGAGACGAUAGCGAGAGACCAUCCCGAGGAACUACACACGGUCAGAUUCGGUCUGACGAAAGGCAUCACUCCGGAAGUCGUCGACACGGUCUCGACUCAUCUCGGAAUCUCAGGAGGAGGGCCUGAGGCGGAAGCAUUGCGAAAUAUACUGAGAGACCUAUUCAACGUCUUCAAGAGUAGAGAUGCGACUUUGCUGGAAGUCAAUUCCCUCGUCAAAGCAUCAGACGGCUCUUUAGUGUGCUUGGAUACCAAGCUGACGAUCGACGAUGCCGCCGCAAAACGGCAGAAGGAAAUAUUCGCGUUGAGAGACGCCGAGCACGAGAUCCCGGAAGAGGUGGAAGCGGAGAAAUACGGGCUGGUUUACGUCAGGAUGGACGGCAACAUCGGCAACGUUGUCAAUGGUGCCGGGCUCGCGAUGGCUACCAAUGAUGCUAUCGCCCUUCACGGCGGCGCAAGCGCCAACUUUCUCGACGCCGGUGGCCAGGCUACCAAGGAGACCAUGGUCAAGGCGUUUGAGAUCAUAUUGAGGGAUGAGAGGGUUAAGACCAUCUUUGUCAACAUCUACGGCGGCAUCACUAGGGGAGAUAUGAUUGCGGAAUCCAUACUUGGUGCGGCAAAGGAGCUGGGACCGCUGAAAGUGCCCAUGGUAGUCCGUCUGCAGGGAACUAAUUCCGAGUUGGGGUUGAAAAUUCUGGAAGAAGCAGAUCUGGGGUUACACACGGAGGCUGACUUUGGUAAAGCGGCUCAGAAGGCUGUUGAGUUGGCAGAGGGCAAAUGA